AUGUCCGAAGGUCGACCUUCCCAGUUCUCCCAGCCAUCAACGACGUCAACAAACCUGACCGUGGACUACAACUUCGAGGUCGUUGACGACUCAGAGCCCGAAACCAUUUCCGUUAUCCCACAGAAAGGCUCCUCGCUCCUUGGCAGCGUAUCUCCACUCCCUCUCCUGCCACAUCCGCCGCGCAGCCCGCUUCGGGAAGACGAGGACUGGAUUGGGAAUCAGGAUGUGUAUGGAUCAGACGACGACUUUGGGGACGUCGCAGGUGGCGCCGACGACCCAGAUUACGACCUGCUCCCCUUGGCCGAUACGAUACGCCAUCCGGUCCGGACGAACGGUCCCAGCCGUGAAGUCUUUAUCCUUGGUCCUCCCCCGAUCCCUGUGGAUGUGAACGAUGGCCGUCGGCGACCGACACUCAGUCCACCUGCCACUGUACACCCUCCUCGCACGGUCCGGUCUGGGUUGCCUACACCGUCGUCCGACUCGGAGGGCAGCAUCCACCUUGUGUUCCCCUCCGCUCCCGACUAUCAUCCACCUUCGCACGAGAACGAAGACGCAGCACCAGCGCUACCAUCUCAUUUAACUGAUGCUGCACGUUCGGACAUCUCUGAGCUGAGCAACGAUGCCGAUAACGAGCGCUCCACCGUCGCUUCUAUCGCGUCCAUCACUCCAUCAAUGUUCUCUGUGACAAGUACGCUAUCCGAUAUAGGCAAUCUCCCUCCCCCGAGUCCCGAUGCCCUGCAUGUCAUUCUCGUUGGGCACAAGGCGGCUGAUCCUCUGAAAGAGGAGAUCCUCGACGCCGUCUUUGCCCUCUAUCCUGGUCAAGUAACGGCUCGUGACUCAUCCACUGAAGCUAGCGACGAAGCGUCAUCUUCUACUAGCCACACCAUCCAGUUUUAUGAUUAUCAUCCACCUGAUAUGGGAAGUGAGACCAUGGUAGAGGAAGUGCGGGUGUAUGAUCUCACAUUGCGCCAUGCCGUUACAUCCUAUUACAACAUCACAGGAAAGAUGGUCACACCUCCUGUGCCGGUGCUCACGGUAUUCUUCAUCGACCCCGCUCUGUGCAAGGGGCGCGUACCGGGCUUCUUCCCCUCUGCCAUGAUAGGGAAAUCCAUCGCCGUCGUUCUGCCGCGCAGCGAUGCGUCUUCCCCGCAGAAUCUCAGUCCCAUGGGUUCAGAGCACUCCGAUCUGCCCAAAGAAAGCGACUAUAUCAACAUUAGCCGAGGGGUAGAUCCUGCCGAUCUGAUGUCCGCACAGCAUGUGUGGAGCAACUUGCAAGCCUCUUACUUGUUCGACGGCAUCGAGAUCCGGCAUACAGUCGACUUUGAUCGGCAAGUGAUCAGUGUUGAUGAGCUUUGGGCCGCUUCUGCUCGACAUGAAGCUCGCUCCGCAGCGCUGAAGCUCAUCAACCCUGAACUUGUCGCGUCUGUCGUUCGCACUAGCUCUGGUGAAGAGAGCUCCCCAGGAGCAGAUGUUUCGUCGCCCUCUGAACUCUCAGCAUCUACGAGCACGAUCGGAGGAUCGGUUCACACUGCUCGCGGUUCCGUCCACGCGGUGCAGCCUGCUACUGACUCACGUCUGCUGGUCAACCCGGAGCCUGUAUCGCAAGCCGAGCUGUCGUCCGAAUUCAACGAGAAGGAGGUGACUCCUUCUCACAGCAUUUAUGAAGAUGCAAGAUCAUUGGUUGGCAGCUUGUAUACUUCAAAAUAUGCUGCUUUCUUGCCUGAUUUGCAAAAAACCUACCUUCGUCUACGACGGUUAGUUCAUCAGAAUCCGCGUACACUCGUUUCUGUCGCUAUUGCUGUACUUGCUGUUUCUGUCCUUUAUCUGCGCAGAGGGCCGGACGGCAUGGUACAGCCCCCACAAUUGUCCCUGGUACCCCUGACCCCUCCACCUACCUUCGUUCGCCCUCCCGAGACAUCGGCCGAUGCUGCUGUCUUUACCCAGAAAGUCCAGGGCAUGGACAUCCCCCGGGCUACCCCAUUACUGACGAUCGAUACGAAGAAGAAGCCGCUUGGGUUAUCCACUUCACCUCAACCCUUUUCCAUUAGCGGAGUCGCCGACUUGAAGACGAUUGACACUUCACUGCUCUCGCUUCCUCUGAAUACUGAUCUCGUGACUGUCGAGUCCAUGCAAUGUAACACUUGCUUCCAAUUGGUUGGAUCUUCACGCACAAAAUCUGAUACGAUCUUCCUUGGCGGCACUACCGCCACGCCGAAUGUACGAGUGGCUUCCGAAACGGGAGCGACUGCCGUUUUCUCUUCACACACAGAUGCUGCGAUCGAGACUGACGAGUCAACUGCGACCAUCACGGUGCGUGAGGUGCAGGAAGCUGUCAACACGUACGUGCAUGAGCAUAACGGCCGUGCUAGGAAGAACGUGCGUGUCUUCAACGCCAUGGGCAGUCGUGUAGCGAAGAAGGCACUUGGCUCGAUCGUUUCAACCCUGAAUGAGGAUUCCUUGCAUGACUCGACCGCCCCAGAGGAAAAACUCUCCUGGUAUGACGAAUUUAUGGAACCUUUCCGGCAAGCGCUGGCGGCACGGAAGGCACGCACCGAAGCCAUGCUCGCCGAGGAAGAUUCUACUGCAAGUAAACGUCGUCCGAGCGGAGAGAUCAUCCAAGAAUUCCUAUUUCACGGAGCACACGCAAUAAUAGGAUGAAGCAAAGCGCCUCUUCGUUUGGCAUGGCGCUUGCUUCGACUUUCUUGAUCUUUCUCGGACCUCUGAGUGUGGCGGCCGAGCCGCCCACGUGUGCUUCCUUUUUAGGAUGUAC